ACAUUAUCUCCUCUGCUCGUUUUGGUGACGGCGGAAGGCACUGCGACGAUGGAAGCUGACGGAGAGCACAGAGACCGGUCACCGAACACAGAGCCCCGCAACUCGCAGCCGGAGGAAGAUCCUCCGUCCACGUCACCGGUGGAAGGCGGCGGGGAUCGCAGGCCACCGGUGGACCAGGCGGCGAUCUUCAAAGCCCUGGAGGUGGUCGAGAGGGACUCCCUCGCCAUCGCCGAGAGCUUCACCUCUCUAUUCGCCUCUCUCCGCCUCGCUCUCUCCGAGGUAACGAGUUGCUCGGUCGAUCACAUGCAGUGUUUCAGUGAUGCUGCUGGUCACCUCCAAGAAUCGGUUCUUGACUCGGCAACAAAGGGCAAUCGUUAUAUAAAUUCAUGUCUAAGAUUAAAUGAGGAAAUGAAGGGCAUUGAAAACCUGGGCACAGAGCUAAAAAUCUUGAGGAGGAAUGUAGAUGCUCUAGAUACUGCUGUGAACAGGAUCGUCCGCCUUCCGUGAUUCUGACCUUGUUCCAUUUCAACAAUGCACUGACAGAGUGAUCUUGGAACAUUUCAAUAUCUUCGUAGAGAUCUUAUCUUCAUCAAAGCUACGAGAUGGAUAAUAUUCCUCAACACUUUUCUGCCAUUUUGCAAAUAAAUCUUCUCAAGCAAGACGUCACUGUGGUUGUGCGAAUUGACUCGGCAUGAGAUAAAGUCGGUCGGAGGACCAAGGUUUCACAAUACAUGAAGAGCUGGGGAAGGAUUAGAGCUGAAGAGUGAAAUACUAGAGCUUGGGUCCAUUUUCCUUAUGGGCCUUACCCUUUGUUGCCCCUUUUAAUUGAUUGGAAGACCUUAUGGAUCUUAUGUAGAUCUUCUUAAGCCCGUUGCAUAUUAACUAUGUAGUCGAACAGAUAAGCUAUUACCUCCAAAAAGAUCCUCGAACAACCAUUCAUUACA